GAGGGGAGCGGACAGUGAGGAGAGAGGGAGAGCGGAAGGCAGCGUGUGAGGGCUGCUGCUGUGGCUCAGAAACAAAAAGUCUGGCAACUACCUGGGAGCAGCAUGACUCUCCUAACACUGGGAUUGUACCUGCCGCUGUGCUUCUGUUGUGGCCUGGCCCAGUCCUCCUUCCUGGACAGCUUUAUUUCAUUCCCAGCAGCUCUCAGGUCCCAGGAGCAGCAGAAGAGAUUCACCCCAUGCUGUUUACUGAGUCCACCUCCACCCCCACUCUUCCCUCCACCCCCUUCACAUUGGCGCCGACACGCUCAUAAUGAAGGCAUGCCAAACAAUGGCCCUAAGACUGAUCCGAGCAACGGGGACAAAGGUUCUACCUGCGUCCGAGGUCUCCCUGGGCCGGCUGGUCCUCCUGGGCCCCAGGGUCCCCCCGGAUUACCUGGGAUAGAAGGACCUAAGGGAGAAAGGGGAGAAAUUGGAAGACCUGGGCAAAAGGGUCGGACAGGUCCUCAAGGACUCCCUGGGAAGCAGGGACCAGCUGGAUGGCCAGGACCAAGUGGGCCCAAAGGUGAGAAAGGUGACUCGGGGCUGAUGGGAUUGCCUGGAGCCAGAGGACCAAUUGGGCCAAGGGGUUUACCAGGGUAUAAAGGAGAGAAGGGCUCUCGAGGGGAUCGUGGUGAGGGUGGAGUGAAAGGCGACAAGGGUGCAAUGGGUUUCCCAGGAAUGCUUGGACAGAAAGGUGAAUUGGGUCCAAAGGGAGAACUUGGAAUUUCAGGAAACAGAGGACCCACUGGUCGACCAGGGAAAAGAGGCAAGCAGGGAGGGAAAGGAGACACAGGCAGCGUUGGUCCUAUGGGACCUGCAGGCCCACAUGGACCUCAAGGCCACCCCGGCCCUCCUGGUUCUCCUGCCACAGGUGUUUACAUGGUUGGAACAAAGGGAGCACGGGGUCUACCCGGGCCUCCUGGAAAGUGUAACUGCGGCUCCCUCAGCGGUUUGGAUGAUUCUUCUUCCAAAGGAAACUAUCCCAAAGUACCAGCGAUAUUCGUCGUAAGCAACGAGGAAGAACUGGAGCGCCUUCAGGUCGAUAAUGCUCUCGCAUUCCGCAAAGAUCAGAGAUCUCUCUAUUUCAAAGACAUUGAUGGCUGGCUGCCAAUCCAGACUUUUCCAUUCCAGCUGACACCGUUCCAAUCCAUGGAAAACGCACCUGAUGAUGAAGGUUACUGUGGAGACGGGGUAGUGCAGAUUUCCAGCGGGGAGGAGUGCGAUGACAGCAAUCGAGUCGUCACUGACGGCUGCGUCAAAUGUAAACACGCCUACUGUGGAGACGGGUAUCGCUAUGAGGGGGCCGAGGAGUGUGAUGGAAAAGACUUUGGAUACCAGACAUGUAAUUCAUAUCUUCCAGGGUCAUAUGGUCAGCUCAAGUGCACACCAUACUGUGCCAUCGACUCCACAAACUGCAAGUACUUCACUUGAGGAGGAAGCUGGACGGUGCAGCGGGAUCCUCGGUGUGAUGUUUCCUUCACACACAUAAUAGGAAUAUUUACAUGCAAAAAAAAAAGAACAAAUAUCGCUCCAAGCAAGAGACUCUGAAGGAAGAGGACGCCAACGAUUCUACGACAAAAGAAAAACAAAACAUACGUAUAUACAUGUAUAACUCCUCUGUACUGCUGCUGAGAUGCCACGUAGCUCCCUGGAGUUAUAGAGUCGGUCAGGGGAGGAGAAAGCCUUCACUUACACAUCUGAGCCGCACAGGACGACUGCAAUCUGUCGUAACAAGCAGGAUUUAAGACUGGCCUCCUCCUCACCACGCCUGAUUGAACCGGACUCGGCCUCUGGAUGGGACAGUUGUGCGACGGCCAUGCAGAGACCUAAUUAAGUGCCAGUUGGAGAUGUUGCAGAUGAGCGGUAACGGGGCCUGAGUCGUGUUAAUCUUGACCCAGUUACUGUUGAGAAAGAGAGGCAGUAGGACAUCCAGAGCCAUGGCCCCAGGUUUUCUACUGCAGCGUGAGUGACGGUGCACAGCAUUUGCAUGAGGCUGGGAUUAAUAAGUCCAUGACAGCAGCUGCCACUAUCCAAGCAUGUAACCUAUCAGUUUGUUCUUUAUUACCACAUCAAGGUUCAAACUGUGCACUGUCAGUAUCGCAUCACCCAUUUCAGUCAUCAAGGUAAAAGCAGGCAUAUGCUAAGAUCAAUACUUUUAGUUAGACAUGGAGGUCCAUGUGGUUAAAGUGCAUGAAGUACGCACUUGUAAUAUUUCAGACUGUUACACCAGGAGGCUGCACUUAACUGGACAUUAUAACCUUGUGAUGCUACUGUACCUUACACAGCCACGGUUUCAUAAAUUCAAAAGUAACCUCUCAGGAACCAACAGGUAAUGUAGCUCCACAUGGCACCGCUCACAGGCAUCCUCCUCCACUCUCUUUGUAAUUCAAAAAGGCAGUGACUGUACACCGAGGCACACGGGUCACUCGACAAGCGCUCCGACCGAUAGACAGCGCGCGGGCCGGUGAAUACAAUCAAGCUCCUUCCCCCCGUGCUACAAUGAGAAACGAAAUAUACUGUAUGUGAAGGCUUGAAACUGUUAUGUUCUUAAUAAUCACUCACUGCACAGGGAAGGCUGGAAUAGUCUGUAGCUGCUAAAAAAGGGGGAGGAACUUCAAUUCCACUCUCUUCUAUGGUCAUUACUGUAUUUACUCUAUUACCUCUUUAUCCAGUCUUUCUGUCUUAUGGUAUAUGCAGCAACAGAGAAGCUCAAUGGUAAACUUAACCGUGGAGAAUAUGUAGUCUUGCUGUGUGCUGGGCACCAAUAGUGAAAAAUGACUUUGCCGAUAUAAGCUGACAUUUUUCCAUAAGCUACUGUAUCAGUCACAGUGCCAAGGGAGAGCUCUUUUUUUCUCAGCCAUACUCCGAUGUAGUCCGGUGUUACAAAGUGAAUCUGCUGUAAAAAACAAAAAAGUUAAAGAUUAAGACUGUUACUGUAAGUGUGUCUGCAUGCUCGUGAUGCCGUACUAAUCAUCGCCACACAUUGUUUUCGUCAAUCACCCUUAUUCAUCAGCAUAGCAGGUGUCUUAAGAAGUGUCAGUUGUGCUCCAGCCAGAGUGUAGUGUCGGUACUGUACAUGUGAGGCACCUCUAUAUGAUAGUGAUGAACUGUGCCAUGCACAAAGAUUAAAUACUGUUUGGACAUUGUGUUGAAUGUUGUGCCUGUGGCCUGUGCUGCUGUAUCUGUGUAUAUGCACAACACUGUUGAAACAUAACAUGCAUGUGGUAAAGUACUGUGUAAGGCUUUAUGAAAUAUAUUAUUCCCUGUGACUGGGUUAGUGAUCAAGUUCAUUUUUGUUUCAUUAUUGUGAUAUGAUUUAUACAGUAGCUGUUUAAAAAGAAGUGAAAAUAAAAGGGGUCAUUUAA